AUGCGUGGAUAUUCAAUAAAAGAUCAAAAACAAAUAUUUAAUUCGAUAUAUACACAAGCAAAACUUUAUUCAAGUGUUACUGAUGAUAAAAUCAAUGAUAAUAUAUCAGUUGAUAGUCAAAUAAAAGAAAAUGAACAAAUAACAUUACUUCCUAGUAUAGCACAACUUACAACAUUAUCUCAAGCAUGGCAACAAUAUCUUCAUACUCGUCAAAUUUCACCGUUGAAAAAUCAUGAAGAAUAUUUUGAUAAUUUUCCAUCAUAUAAAUUUCAUUUAGCUAAUCGUAUAUCUACUCAUCCAUUACUUGCUAUUCGUCAAUUCAAUGAUCAAACAAAUGCAACAUGGAAAAGUCUUAUUAAUAUUAAUUUACCACAACAUUCUUUCUUAAAACAUCAUAAAAUUCAAGAUACAAUUCUUUUUCCAGCAGUUGCUUAUCUUGAACUUGCAACAGCUGCUUAUCAACAAUUACUUUUCCAAAAAGAAGAUGAUCAACAACAACCAAGAAUUAUUUUUGAAGAUAUUGAAAUUUGUUAA